ACAUAUAAAUACCAAAACUAAACAUGUUGAAAUUGUAAUGAUGCAUAAAAGUUGUAAAAAAAAAAAAUUGACAAAGUGAGAGCAAUCAUUUAAAUUAUAUAUAUUGGGUACACGUCUACAAAAAGAAAUUGAUGAUUUAGUUGACUAUUAAUAUUCCUUGGUCCAAACCUUCACACUAGAUAAUUAGACAUAACAUUUACCUAUCAUAAAGUACUGAUAUUUUUUAUGAUUAAUGUAUCAUUAUGACUAUAUUUGCGAUAAAUUAUAUAAUUUUAUAUAGAAAACAUAAUUAUUUAUAGCAUGUCGUCAACGUUUCCGUGUUCGUGCCCUACUUGUUUUACAAAUUUCAUAUUUGCAUGUCCGUGUUUGUGUCCCAUGUUCAUGUCCAUGCUUCUUAAAUUGUAGUUUUGUGGAAACUCACAUGCUUUAUCAUGAAGAAAGUGGGUUGCGUUGAAUCUAACUUCAGUAGUGUUUGAAAAAAUUAAAAUAAAAUGGUUUUUUUGGAUCUCAUUCGAUAUUUAAGUGUGUGGUGUUGUGCUUUGUGUAGCACAAUCCCUGCAGAGGGCUCCAAACUAGGGUAGUGGUGGUGCUGCUGGUUUUGUUGGUUGAGAAGGUUGGGUUCUAACCAGAUGGAAUAAGUAGGAUAUUCUGUUUUCACGAUAACAUGAAAUAUCAACCAGCAAUUUUCUUGUUUCUUGCCUUUUGUUAAAAGCUUAUCAUUUUGAUUUUUAUUAUUGGCCUCUAGAUUAGGUUGCUUUCAGAAAGCAAAAACAAAGUUGGCCUUGCUCUAAAUGUUCUAGUAAUCAAACCUAUUUAUAUUCAUAUUUUUGGAUGAAGGAAUUUAGAAAGAGUUAGAGCAAUUGAGGCAUAAUAGAUUGCGUUUGGCUGCAAUUGAAUCCAAUUGGAUUCAGUGUCUCUUGAAGCAUGUAAUAUCCAUUAGCUAUAUGAACAUAAUGAAAUGGCAUGUGUGGUGGAGCUUCAACAAUUAGAGGUGGUCAAUGCAUUUAUAGAUGAGCAGACAUACAGUAUUUUGGAAGAGUCACACUGUGCUGUUGUUUAUUGACGCGGUUAGUCAAAAUAUGUACAACGAAACCAAAGGUAAUGAACAGAGACGGAUACUAGGUUUAUAAUAAGGGAAUGAGUUCCAAUAGCCAAACUUCAGAAACAACAGUUCUAAAGAUUCAAAAUAUCCCUUAGAAAAUACAGGAGAUAACAAUAUGCUAGUGGGCGAAAUAGUGGGAGAGAAUCAAAGGUCUAAAGGCUUCGGGUUUGGCAUGGGAAUGGAAUCUUCAGAAUUCUUAAGCAGAUAUGCAGCCCUCUAGAAUAGCAAGCAGUGAUGUUGUAAUAAUGGGCAAGGUUUGGCAACAAGGUCCAACAAGAAAGAUGGAAAAAUAUAGGAAGAAUCUCAUCUGGGACGCUUUGGGCUUUCAAGCACAAGAAAUCUAUGCCCUUCAGUGCAGGGACGUCUGGCACAAUGGGAUUGUUGGCUGCCUUUACCACAGUUGCUACCUUGGGGUUCUUUACUAAUUCAUUUGUACAUACAUCCAUAGUCCCAACUUGAUCUCUUUUGAGAUAUUAUUUAUUGUUUUCUAGUAAUAGAUCACCAGUCAUGAAUUUAAAAGCAGACCUAUAAUAUGCAAGUAGGUUCUCUACCAAUGCAUGUUAGUCAUUUAUUAUCGAAUAAAAUUGAGAAGAAGUACAUUGGAGUGGAUCUGGAUCCCUCUAAUUAUGAACUAUGAUGUGGUUUCUGUAAAAGAUUGUAAACAUUUAGAAUAAAAUUGAUGGUGAUAUGUAGAUCGAGAUCUACUCGAUAAGAAUUUUCUUAAAGUUAAAUCAUCCACCAUACAUAAAAGCCACUUGAAUAUGUAAUGUUCCACUUGAAUUCAUCAUAUUUAUAAAUAAUUUAGCAAGCAGCAAUUUAAGGAAAAUAGCUCUGGAAUCAAGCUGGAUCUCUGAUGCUGGGAAAGAUACAGUUCGUAAUGUAGAGUUCAAUAAAUUAGUUGGUCACUUUUUUACAUAAUAUGUCAACAUGCAGACAAGUAUAUUGGUUAGAAGCUUGAGAGAGCACCACUAGAAUGUAAGAUGAGAUUGUUGGCUAGAUGAUUUGCCUGGGAUCACAUGUGUCAAGCACAAAUUUUUGCACUGGGAGAGUGAUUCUCCUCUCUUCUAUGAAGUGGAGGCUGAUAAGAGAAAGCAUCGAAGAAUGUGGGUAAGGGGCUAAGGUUGGGAGGAAACCUGGCAGCCUAUGAUCUGCCAGAAGAUUGACUCUAGAUAGAGUCUAAGGUUCAAAAUGGGGUUGCCUGGUUGACCCCAUAUUGCUGGGAUAAUUAUUUUGGAGUGGGCUGAUUUGGAAUUUCCUUUGGAUUGUGUUAUCCUCCACUGCAGUCUGAUCUGCUAUCCAUUAAUUUGGUAUACUCUUUGUCAUCAUAUGCAGGCAAAUUAUUUUGUACCAAAGAAGUUUCAUAUCGAGAUCUGAAUGCAGUGAGGAUAAUGUUGUUAGAAUCACAAAAUAGCUGCCGGUAAUGAUAAUAUUGUAGUCAUCAUAAAUUGGCAUCUGGGCUCCUCCCAUAUUUUACUUCAAGGGCUCUGAUCAUUUUGAUUGGAAU